GCUUUGGUGAGACGCUUCAUUGAGUCUGAGCCCGACGUCGCGAACGACACCUCCAAAUAUAUCGAAGGCUGGGGCUGGGAUCACACCGCGUGGCCGAUACAAGAAUUCCCAACUGCCGCAGACCUUGAAGCUGACUCAGUAGUCAAGAGUCGUCCUGUCGUGUUACAGAGUAAGGAUGGGCAUGCUCUAUGGGUUUCUCAGGCCGUUCUGCAGUCUAUGGAACCCUUGCCUGACCGCAUGGAAGGCGGUGUCGUCGUCCGCGAUGAGUUGGGGCGCCCUACCGGCGUCUUUCUUGAUAACGCCCAAGAACUGGUGCAAAAGCCACCGUUGACUGAGAAGGAUCUUCUUCGGCGUUUCAAAUACGUGGUACAAGACGCGCUUGCCAAUGGGUUGACUUCCAUUCAUGACGCUGGCUUUAGUCCGUCCGAAAAGAUUAUCAACGCCGGCAACGGCAGGUUAAGCGCUCGCAGUCUGCACGAGCCAUAUGCGGAUAACCCUGGUACCCGCGGGUUUAUGCGUUUGUCCGCCGACGUCCUAAAUAAUGUGAUCCCCCGGUUCCUCAGAGAUGGUUGGCAAGUGAACGUCCAUGCUAUCGGCGAUAGGGCAAAUGGCAUCGUAUUGGAUGCUUUCGAAGAAGCUCUGAAGGGUGUCAAUGUUACUGCUCUCAGGCCUCGCCUCGAACACGCGCAGAUAUUGACUAACGCUGAUAUGGCGCGGAUCGGGCAGCUCGGUGUGAUAGCGAGUAUACAACCUACACAUGCGAUAAGUGACAUGUGGUUCGCAGAGGAUCGAUUAGGCCCUGAACGUGUUAAGGGCCUUUAUGCCUUCCGUUCUAUUAUAGAUAACGGCGGUCGAAUUGCGUUAGGAACCGAUUUCCCCGUCGAAGAUAUGAACCCUCUGGCUGGCUUCCACGCUGCAAUUACCAGGGUUACGGCGGACGGGCGCUCACCGCAUGGUCCAGGUGGAUGGUUCCCUGAGCAACGCCUCACUCGGGUGGAAGCUCUGAGAGGCCUCACGAUAGAUCCCGCUUAUGCAUCUUUCACCGAGUCAACCUUGGGAUCCCUAGAACCUGGCAAACGCGCUGAUUAUGUGGUCCUGUCUCAGGAUAUCAUGUCAGUCGACGAGAAGAAGAUCUUGGAUACCAAGGUGUUGGCGACCGCGAUAGACGGCCGCCUUGCCUACGGUAAAAUCUAG